UAAAUUACUAGUAACCAAUUCUUUCUUUAUAAACUCUGUGUUUCGCACUUCGGCGCAAGCAAACAAGGUACCAGGGUGACAACUCUGAUGACGAUUUAUUCUCCCGAUGGCCUCAUUUACCGACUACCUGAUGUGCAAGCUCUGCUCCGCCUUCAAAAGCACCUACCGUUCACCUAUCAUUCAUCUACCAUUCGUAUCUAUCUUAUCGAGAUACGUAUUUUAAAAUAACCAAUGAUCAGUGUACCGAAUUUCGAUGAAUCACCCAGUAGAAUAACUGUUUUGACGAAUGUUCAUUUAAGGUAACGCUCUUUUAUCCGAAAAAGGAUUUUCAGAACUAACGGCAUCAUUCCGAAUGAACAAAGCACAGAAUGUGGUAAUGUCAAUAUAUCGAUAAUGGAAGUUCCGAAAUUAAAAAUUGAGAGCGGCUAAUACUUCGAACUGCCGAAAAACGAAAAUAUUGUUUGUCGGAAAUUAAACUUCAGAAGGAGCAAAAUCUUGAUCUGCAAAAUGACGAAAUACCGAAUCGCCUGAGACUUCGGAAUUUGUGAAAUUCGUCAACUCGAUGCUAGUUUUAUCAAGAUUAUCUCAUUGUAUUUGACAAUCGUCCGUGUCAUGAACGAAAAAAAGAACGCAAAGGAACAGGCAUUAUAUUUUUAAUAACACGGUAUAUCUUUUUUCUCGUACGUUCAAUUUAUUCAAGACGUUAUUACAGUAAUUAAACCGCGUUCCGUAAUCACGACAGCGCCCUCGUGUCACUUUACAAACGCGUAACGCCGUUUAUUAGCUGCAACUUGGAAAGAAUAAACGUGUUUCUCACGUCUUGCAACCUUUCGGUAUUUUGUCCAUUCUGUCUUACGUUAGUGAGUUUCGGAAUUUCGACCUUUCGAGGCUUUGGUCUGUCGUUGUUGAUAAAUUCGGGUUCGUAAAUUUUCAAAAAAGGCACGAGUCUGACAUUUGAAAAAUUCGACUUUUUGACUCUUGGUAUUUUCAUAAUUCAAUAUGUUGCUCCUCGUAAAUUUUACCCAUUUUCAAACAGAAACAAAAAUUCGGUAAUUCGACCUACGCGCAAUUUUCUCUGCUAACUGUCAUCCUUUGUUAAAAGCUGUCGUUUGACUUUAUUCUCCCGCAAAUCCUGCGAAAUUCUAUUGUUCGAUAUAUUAAUUGAUGUUGACUUGUUAAAUAAGACAAAGUGGAUUAUUGUUAACUUUUGUAAGCUGACUUUGCUGCCUCGAAACUUGUAAACCCAAUCGACAUUGUACGACUGAUUGACCUGUUCUUUUCUUUGAUUUCAGUUUAUUUGUUUGCUUAUCUAACUAUCGCUAGCUGCCUUUAAAUACCGUCACUCUACCAUUUUCUUUUACCGUACCUAAUUGUAAGCCUAACCGGCAGAUUUUCUAAUUAUUAUCAUAUCGUACCGUACCUUUUGUAUAAAAAUUAACGCUGAAGCGUCUGGCGCCCAACGAGUAUCCUUUAUUAUUGUUUAUUUGAAUUCAGGAUAGCUAGAGAAUUGCGGCAAAUUGUCAACGGUACGCCCUCAACUGAGGGUGAGAGCAGUUUAACGUUACAGCGUAUAUCAUUUACGAAUAUUCUUAUAUUAUACGAAUUUGUGAUGUGUAGUUACGUUUCAAAGCUGCAUUUGAGCAGUUAACUGGAAUGCGAAAGAAUCAAGGAAAAAACAUACGAGAAAAAAAGUUGAUCAUUAUAAAUCAGUUCUCGGCCAAAUUAUUCAAUUUUCCAAGUGUAACGAGUCGAUAUACGUAUGCGUGCAUGAAUAAUAUUUGUUGUUUUAAAAUUUGGUCAACUAUUAAAAAACUGCAACCACGACGUGCCAAUAUUUUUUAAUGCAAUUUAUAUUUUUAAAUGUAGCUCCAAGCGAUCGUAUUUAUGAACCUGCAAUGAGCUACUAGUAAGUCUCUUCAACUGGCGUUGAGUGCUGUGCAAGUUUGACGUUUGUUUUGUGAAAUCAUCGAAAGGAAAUGCUUCAGGUCAGGGAGACUGUUGAAUUAACUUGCACAUAAAUUAAGUCCCAUUUAACAUUGUUUCGCUUAAGCUUUUGUGUAUCGACAAUUGUCACUGAUGGUUGUGAACAGUGAAACAUCAGAACUUGGACGGAACUCGACCAGUGAAUGUGAUUGGUAAGUCGUUUCGUUGAAUAGAGAAAAGCUAUCACUGGUGAAAACUGGCCCAUAGAUGGUCGUCCGUGACAGAUUAUUUAUCUAAACGCUUUCAAAUUCUAACCGACAGCGGAUAACAAGAAUCAUGAAGGGGGAUAAAGAGUCAAUUAUGAACUGUGAAGUGCAGAACGAAUUUUCGGGUGCUGAAGAGGACGGCUACGUGGAACGAAUUCUUUCGCAUUCAAGAUCGUCGCUCGAAAGCGAUGCAAUGUCGAUUUCUGGUGGCGUGAAGGAGAGCGACAUUUCGGAGACGUCUCGGAAAUCAGGAGAUUAUCGCGACACUCUGACACCUAACGAUAAAGAAAAGACGAACGGGAUUGACGCGAUGAAAUCGUCAUCAUCAACCAAAACGUACGACAGAGAGGCGAUACUCCGCAAGCUCGCAGGUGACAAGUGCUUGAGAAAAUAUCUUUUGAACAGCGCCAGAGAAGCGCAGGCGAAGAUCGAGACUCCGGAGACGAAGACGUUCGAGAAGUCCGAAGACGAACGCCUGGAAUCGGUUGUCGAAGAGUUGCGAGAAUUUUUGAAGGCAAUACCGGACGGACUACUGCACAUGAUGACGGGAAUGUCUCGUCCCGGAGACUGCGGAAGACCCGCUGACCGGAAGCCCGACUGGCUUGACAUGGAAAAACUACGGCGCGGUCAGAAAUUUGCUCGGGAACACAAUUUCUCACUAUACCUUGCCGAGAUGGUCUCCGUAAUGUGUGCAUACACCUUUCGGGACACACUCAAGCUGAUGAUUCUGACUGGAAAGUCCAGCACGCCGUUUACGGCCUUCAAAAGGUACACGUCCGUGGCGUUGAAGGUUCAACACUGGUACUGCGACGAUACCUGGUCCAAAGGAACAAGAGGUUGGACGGACAUGUUGACUGUAAGAGCUUUGCACGUUGCUGCGAAACGUAGAUUGGACGCUUCCACAAACGAAGAAAUAGACAAUGCAGCAAAAAUUUCAAACAUGUCGUGUCCGUCGCAUGAUAUGCUGCUGAAAGAUUUUUCCGAGGCUUGUGAAACCCCUGCGGUCGGUCAGUGUCCUUUUCUCGUGAGGCCGACCGAUCCUGACCGACCCAAGAGUUUCAAUCAAUUUGAAGUGUCGUUUGCGCAAUGGCAAUUUGUCUGGCUGGCGAUCUGCUACCCUCAGCAUUUCGGAAUUCAUAACGCUACGGAAGAAGACCUCGAAGCUUAUUGUCAUUUGUGGAGAAGUAUCGGCUACCAAUUGGGAGUGGAAGAUGAGUACAACUUUUGCCGCGGCUCUCUCGACGAAAUUCGACAAUGUGGUCACGAUUUUAUUGAGAUGUGGGUGAAGCCUCAUUUGCGAGAAGUGAUCCCUGAGUGGGAGCACAUGAUGAGAUGCAUAUUCGAUGGUUUCAAACUCGCUUUGCCGUACAUCAGCUUCGAAACUUCCCUUCUCUUCGUUUGCGAAAUUCUUGAUCUGAAAAUGCCGCGGCUCUACUCGUCGCUAUCUUACAAAGCAUGGAUCAACCACUGUCUUAUGAAGUCUUUGUUUUACUACGGAAUGAAACUCCCAAUGGUUGUCGAUUUCGUCAAUACCAAGCUGCAUCGAACUUUGGAUCAAGGCGAAAGACUCCGCCCCUCGAGUUGGGAGAAGAUACGAAUUAAGCUUGAGGGAUAGUUUGGGAGUUACAUGUUAAAUUUUGAAAGAAGUCGAUCAUUUUAUUAAUAUAAGGGUGUAACGGUAUAAUUAUUAUAAUCUGUGGUAUCAGGGCUGGGGUAACGGAAGGGUUUAUGAUGGGCACACGCGACGAUAUCCAAAUUAAUAAAAUCAAAACCAACACAA